AAGUACGACAACACUUCACUCCAUGUGUUUUACGAAGGAAACCUACGUACUUACGGCAAUAGUGUUUGCAGUCGAUGGUAUUUUACAUUUGAUGGUGCAGAAUGUGCAAAACCAUCGACUAUUGAAGGAAUUUUUUGGGUCGGAUCAACUCACGUAAAUAUUUAUCAUCACCGCCAUAUUGAAGGCUACUGUAACCAGGUUCCUAAAGGUCAUGUACGUGUGGGGUUCUGGAUAGGCAAGUGUUCGGGUUACAGUCUUGGAAAUGGUCACACUGGUUGGAAUUCCAUGUCUCGUAUUGUGAUUGAAGAAGUACCACCACCUCACGAGUAA